UUUAAUUCCAUUUGGGAAAUUGACCCUGGGAGGUGGGUUUUUCCAGGAAAAUAAAUGGCUCUUUACGCCGGACGUGUGCAUUUUGGACAUGCACAGGAUUUAAAGCUGUUUAAAGCAUUUCACAGAGACUGCUCCUGAACUGCAGGUUUCUGUCAGGUUCACUGCAUCCUGUAUAUAUCCGUGGUUACAGAAUUAGAAUUGGAAAUUUGGAAUCAUGAGCUGUUAUUCUGAAAUCCAGAAUCGGAACAUUCAGAGUUGAAAAGCUGAUCUGCAUCAACACAAUCCACAUUCAGAUGAAAGCUGUACAUUCAGUAGCUCUGACCUGCACAUAAACAGUAGACAGAACAUGGGUAAACAUGAGGAAGAGAAGGGAAUGGAGAGGAAGGUGGACGCGAUGUCCUGCAACAUCAUCAAUGAGUUGCGGUUAGAGAAGCGGCUCUGUGACGGAGUCAUCAUGGUGGAUGGCGCCGAGUUCCACGUGCAUAAGAUCAUCCUGUGCGGCUGUAGCCCGUACUUCAUGACUCUCUUCAACAAUGGCUUGUACCCUCCUGAUAAGCUCGGGUACUGCAUCCCUAACGUUUCUGUUGAGAUAAUGGAGCUGAUCGUGGAGUACGCGUAUAUGAGACGUGUUAACAUCACGGAGAAAAACGUGUAUAAGCUGCUGAUCGCUGCUGAUAAUCUGUUGGUGAGCAGCCUGGUGAAUGAGUGCUGCGCGUUCCUGAAGGCUCAGCUGUGUCCCAAGAACUGCAUUGACAUCUGGCGUUUUGCUCACUCCUACUUCUUCGAGAAUCUGAAGCAGGAGGCCUUCUGGUUUAUCUUGCACAACUUUGAGGAGAUGGUGCGCCUAUCUGAGGAAUUCCUGGACCUGACGGUCGAGCAGCUGAGCGAGAUCAUCGAGAAGGACGAACUGAACGUGAAAAAGGAGAGCGUGGUGUUUGAGGCCAUCUUACAGUGGAUCAAACAUGCGCCAUGGAAACGGAAAGCACACAUAGGAGUGUUACUGCCCAAGGUGCGUCUGCGGCUAUUGACACACGAUUACCUUAUGAACAAUGUGAGCAACAACACUUUAGUGAUGGAUGACAUGACGUGUAAGUCGAUCAUCACUAGCAUUCUGACGGGCAUCGAUGACCUCAACCCAAGCCUUUCUCUCAGCUCUGAUCUCACGAGACUCCGCCUGCCCAGAGCCGUUCUGCUGAUCAUUGGUGGCUUGGUCAACAUGGAACCCACCAAUGCCAUAGAAGCGUACGAUACACGAGCGGCACACUGGGUCAAUGUCACGUGCAAUGACGAGAGUCCACGAGCCCAUCACGGGACGGUGUAUCUGAACGGCUUCGUGUACUGCAUCGGAGGACUCCACAGUCUUAAAUUCCAAAGCAGUGUGAGAAGGUUUGACCCCAUCACCAGAACCUGGGCUCAGGUGAGACCCAUGCACUUUUGCCGGUGUUUUGUGAGCGUGUGUGUGCUGGAUGGUCAUAUCUAUGCGAUGGGAGGAUUUAAUGGCAUCGAACAUCUGAAUACGGUCGAGCGAUAUGAACCUGAGAAUGAUCAGUGGAGCAUGAUCGCACCGAUGCACGAACAAAGGAGCGAGGCUAGCGCUACAGUACUGAACAACAAAGUGUACAUAUGCGGAGGGUAUAAAUGGAACGUGAGUUUGUUCACAGCGGAGUAUUACAGUCCUCAGACUGGAGCGUGGACCGUCAUCCCCCCCAUGAUGAUCAGAAGGUGUGGACUGGGCGUGGCUGCAUACAGAGGACAGGUUUAUGCUGUCGGGGGAUUUGAUGGUGAUAAUGAGCUAAGCGAUGUAGAGGUGUAUAAUCCCCAGACCAACGUGUGGAGACAAGGUCCAGACAUGAACAGCAAGCACAGCGAGUUCGGCAUUGAGGUGCUGGACGAUCUCCUGUUCGUUCUUGGAGAAAAUAAUGUGGAGUGUUAUGAUGAGCAAACUUCUAAAUGGCAUGCAGUCGAAAACAUGGGGAUUUCACGCCGUGCUCUGAGCUGCUGUGUGCUGUCUGGUUUACCCAACAUAGCCGAGUACGCCGCGCCCCGAGAGAAUCCCUUUGGAGUCAGAGCUCACGGAGCACCAGGGGCUACCUCAAACCUCCUGCCAAUGUCUGAGAUGUACAAAUAAACCUCUACCUUCAUCAGCAUCCUUUUGUUCUCGAGAAUCAAAUUAAACAUUCUGAAACAGUCAAACUCCUGCGUUUGCCUUUUGUUUACUCUCUUAUGCUGCAAGCCGUUGUACUGAAACUCGUAAAACCA